CUGAGAGGGCGAGCUCGGGCCGCGGGCAGGGCGGGAGCCAGCAGCCGGCAAGCAAGGGAGGCAGAGAGGCAGAGAUCGCAGUAAUACCCAUUAUAACCAGCCAUCUAACCCCACUCCCCAACACACACCCAUCCAUCCCACCCUCCAGGAGAGGCAGCCAGCGGCCCGGCUCUCUGCGGCCAGGGAAAAAGCCCCAGCCAUGAGCAAUCAGUACCAGGAGGAGGGCUGCUCCGAGAGGCCCGAGUGCAAAAGUAAAUCUCCAACUUUGCUCUCCUCCUACUGCAUCGACAGCAUCCUGGGCCGGAGGAGCCCAUGCAAAAUGCGGCUGCUGGGAGCCGCGCAGAGCUUACCCGCCCCACUGGCCAGCCGCGCCGACCAAGAAAAGGCCGUGCAAGGCUCCCCCAAGGGCAGCAGCGCCCCGUUCGAGGCUGAGCUGCACCUGCCGCCCAAGCUGCGGCGCCUGUACGGCCCGGGCGGGGGUCGCCUUCUCCAGGGCGCCGCGGCGGCGGCGGCGGCGGCGGCGGCGGCGGCGGCGGCGGCCACGGCCACGGCGGGUCCGCGAGGGGAUGCCCCUCCGCCGCCGCCGCCAGCCGCGCGGCCCGGGGAGCGGCCGGACGGCGCGGGGGCCGCCGUGGCCGCCGCCGCCGCCGCCGCCGCGGCCUGGGACACGCUCAAGAUCAGCCAGGCACCGCAGGUGAGCAUCAGCCGCAGCAAGUCGUACCGCGAGAACGGGGCGCCCUUCGUGCCGCCACCGCCCGCGCUGGACGAGCUGGGUGGCCCGGGGGGCGCCGCGCACCCGGACGAGCGCCUCGGCGCGGCCAGCGGCCCCGGUGGCGCCCCGGCGGCGGGUGGCGGUACGGGCGCCGAGGACGACGAGGAGGAGUUGCUGGAGGAUGAAGAGGACGAAGACGAGGAAGAGGAGCUGUUGGAGGACGACGAGGAGGAGCUGUUGGAGGACGACGCCCGCGCGCUGCUCAAGGAGCCCCGGCGCUGCGCCGUGGCCGCCACUGGUGCGGUGGCCGCCGCCGCCGCCGCCGCCGCCGCCGCCGCGGCCACCGAGGGCGGGGAGCUAUCGCCUAAGGAGGAGCUCCUGCUGCACCCUGAGGACGCUGAGGGCAAGGACGGCGAGGACAGCGUGUGUCUGUCUGCGGGCAGCGAUUCCGAGGAGGGGCUGCUGAAGCGCAAACAGCGGCGCUACCGCACCACGUUCACCAGCUACCAGCUGGAGGAACUGGAGCGGGCCUUCCAGAAGACGCACUACCCAGACGUCUUCACUAGGGAGGAAUUGGCCAUGAGGCUGGACUUGACGGAGGCCCGAGUCCAGGUCUGGUUCCAGAACCGUCGGGCAAAGUGGCGCAAGCGGGAGAAGGCGGGCGCGCAGACCCAUCCUCCCGGGCUGCCCUUCCCCGGGCCGCUCUCGGCCACCCACCCGCUGAGCCCCUACCUGGACGCCAGCCCCUUCCCUCCGCACCACCCAGCGCUCGACUCGGCCUGGACGGCCGCCGCCGCCGCCGCCGCCGCCGCCUUCCCGAGCCUACCUCCGCCUCCUGGCUCGGCCAGCCUGCCGCCCAGCGGGGCGCCGCUGGGCCUGAGCACUUUCCUCGGAGCCGCUGUGUUCCGACACCCGGCCUUCAUCAGCCCUGCGUUCGGCAGGCUCUUUUCCACCAUGGCCCCCCUGACCAGCGCGUCGACCGCGGCCGCGCUCCUGAGACAGCCCACGCCGGCCGUGGAGGGCGCGGUAGCGUCGGGCGCGCUGGCCGACCCGGCCACCGCGGCCGCAGACAGACGCGCCUCUAGCAUAGCGGCGCUGAGGCUCAAGGCCAAGGAGCACGCCGCGCAGCUCACGCAGCUCAACAUCCUGCCGGGCACCAGCACGGGCAAGGAGGUGUGCUAAAGGCUGCCCUCCACCCUCGCGCCCCGGGCGCACCCUGAAAGGUCACCUCACUCAGCACCACUCAAGACCAAAUGGAAACAGAGGACCAGCACACUCCCGAGACGGCACUGAGAGAGCGCAGCCGCCUUCGCAGCAGCCUGGAUGCGGGCAAGGCAGCCCCUGGCGCUCCCGGACGUGGCACCUCCUCGGCUGGCUGUCCACCCGCCCCUGCCCUUGCCCCUGCCCCCUGUCCCCGCCACUGCCAACCUCGCUCCCCCUCGAACGUCCACUCUCUCCCGUUCUUAUUUUGCUGAAAAUAUCGGGGAGGUUUUCUCUCCCAGACGCCUGGUACUGAAGUUAAAAAAUUUAAAAACCCAACCCCCCUUCCUCCUGGCACCCCACUUAGCUUUUUUUUUUUUAACAGCAUUUUGGCGCUCUAAGUUGAUCUCCCCAGCGUGGGCCCCGGUGUGAAGCCAGGGCCAGGGAAGCGAAUGCGAAUCUGUAAGAUAGCUAACAGUGCACUUAACAGAAAGGGGCGUCUUGUUCUUGUUCUCUUCUUUAUCAUACACCAACCAAGGUUUUUAUAUCAAACCAAAGGGAAAUACUCUGCUAGAAUAUGGACUGUUGAAGUCACCAAACUGUGAUUAUUGAUUCUGUACAUACCAUUGUUAUUAAAAAAAAAAAAAGAACAGAGCUUUGUAUAUUUGAAAUGUUAUAACGCAAUUGCACUCAGCGUGGUAUGGUAAAAGUCCGUCCUCCUGUAGAUUCUUACUGUGUUGUAGAUACGGUAGGGUUCCUAGACAAAUAUUUAUGUACUCAAGCCCUUUAUUUAACUUAUUAACUGUAGAGGCUUCCGAAACCUUCAAGAUAAAGGCAAUGGUACAGUACUUUUGUGUAAUGUGUAAUUGUUAUCACUUUUCCUUGCUAUCUAGUGGAGAAGUGUCACGCUCAAAAUAAAAAAAAAAUUAUAUGUUUA